AUGGAUCGAAGGGAAGACUUGGGCUGCGUCGGCUUGGCGGCGUUGGAGCUUUCUUGGGUUGUGAAGGCGGUCUUGAGGAAUCCACUGAAGCUGACCUUCAAGAAAAAAAGGUUAAAAGAGAUGGAGGAUGAAGCCGCUGCUCUUCGUGAGAUGCAAGCUAAGGUUGAGAAGGAGAUGGUUUCCGUUCAAGAUCCUACUGCUGCAGCUACGUCUCAGGCUAAUCGAGAGGAAGUAGAUUCCCGAUCAAUCUUUGUUGGAAAUGUGGAUUAUUCGUGUACACCUGAAGAAGUUCAACAGCAUUUCCAAUCUUGUGGGAAUGUAAAUAGGGUUACUAUUCGUUCAGAUAAGUAUGGCCAGCCAAAAGGUUAUGCUUACGUGGAGUUCCUUGAAGCUGAGGUUGUUCAAGAGGCUCUUCUUUUGAAUGAAUCUGAACUUCGUGGCAGGCAGUUGAAGGAAGGUUCCAAGGUUGAGAAUGGCAACACGAUACAACCCCUAUUAUUAAAUACCAUGGACCAUAGUAGUUGUUUCAAAUACUUUUGAUAAUGUGGCUAGUUUAUGAGUUUUUUUUUUUACUUGUCAAUUUGGUUGAUGUGUCAAAACCAUGCAAGAAUUCUUGUCUGGUUUUUUUGGUGUGAAUCAUGCAAGAUCUUGCACUGCCAUGUUGCCUCUCCUGACAUUAAUGCCUUUUCUUUUAUG